ACGCCGGCGGCGGCCGCCAGCCUGCCGUCGUGGCUGCGCGCGGCCGUCAGUGCCACUCCGCCGCCACCGGCCGCGCCCGCCGUCCGGCUGCCUCCCGGCGUCAGCGCCGUGCCACACCCGGCGCCGCGGCAGCGCCAGCCGCCCCUGCAGACCGCUCAGCAGCAGCGGCUCCUGCAACAGCAGCAUCAGCAGCGGCUUCUCCAGCAGCAGCAGCAACAGCGGCUCCAGCAGCAGCGACUGCAGCAGCAACAUCAGCAGCGCAUGCAACAGCAGCAACAGCAACAUCUGCAGAAUCAGCAGCGGUUGAUUCAGCAGAUCAAGCAGAAAGAGCAGCAACGACUCCAGCAAAGACAGCAGCCGCGCCAGCAGCAGCAGCAGUACCAGUAUCCCGACCGCGCCUACGCCAGGGGACGGUCCGUCGAUGGUGGAUACCAUGGCGGUCAGGCUGCUGCGAACGCCCCCUCUGAGCAGCCGGCGCAGCUCACCCUGCAGCAGGCGAUGGCGCUGUGCCGGAAGCAGGCGGCCGCCGCCCCCGCCCCCGCUCCCGCCCCCGCCGCCGCCUCUGAAGCGGUCGGCGUCGGCUGGAUGGGUGGCUCGACGGAGGACGACGAGCCGCUGGACGCGGAGCCCGUACUGGAGGCAGUCAGCUCGCCGGUGCCCGUCGAGGAGCCCGUGCACGAACAGUACUCGGACGAGGAGCUAGGGGAGGAGGAGGAGCAUUAUUCUGACGAGGAUGAAGGCAGCUACCAGGAGCAUGAAGAGACGGAGCCUGAAACGAACCGGCAGAGGUCCGAUACUGAACCAGCGCCGGCGCAGAAACCGUCACCGGCGCCGGCGGAGACUCCAGCUCUGCCGGCCGGGCUGAAACUGCCGCCUGGUGUGAAUCUGACCCGGAGCGACCCCCCGCCGGCCGCGACACCGCCAGCACCAGUCGCUGCACCAGCACCAAAGGCACCAGCGGCGCCGGCUGCACCCGUCCAGACUUCGGUGCCCCCACCGACGGCCCCGCAGCCGCCGGAACAGCAACAGAACGGCGGUGGCGUGGACCAGCACUACGACGAACUCGGGGAGGAAGAAGAAGACUACGAGAUGGGUGACGAGGGGGAUCAGCUGGGCAGCGAGGAACAGGACGAGGCUGAUGACUGGCACUACCCUGAGGAUGAGGAGGAGCAGACGGACCCGUCGCCGGAGCCGCAGCAGCAGCCGCGCUCGGUCCCCCCUCCGGCGCCGGCGCCUGUCCCGGCACCGUCCGACGAGCCGCGCAGUCUCACCCUGCAGGAGGCGAUGGCGCUCUGCCGCCGACAGGCAGCGGGUGCGGAGCCUGCCGAGCCGCCACCCCCUCCUCCGAGUCCCGUGACUCCCGCACCGGAGGUGCGGACGCAGGCGGCGACUGAGCCCUCGUCUCCGGCAGACAAACAGGUGUCCGCACCAGAGACCCGUCUGCCGCCGCCGCCGGAACCCGCGCCGGCCCCUACCGAGGCGCCGCCGGCCGCCGUCGACAAGGGACGGGAGAGAGAAGCGGAGGCGCGGGAACAGGAGAGGAUGGAUGAGGAGGAGGAGGACGCUUUGCUGCGAGAGGACGAGGAGGACGCGCUGUUGCGGGACGAUGAGGACGAGUGGGAGCCGUCGGAAGGUGACCUCGAUGACGAGGAUCUGGACGAGUAUGGCGCUGGGGCGUGGCGGGGCGGAGAGGGUGCCGGAGCCUCACCCCAGCCGGCCCAGCCGCCUGUGCCGCAGGUGACACUGCCGCGUGGCAUCCGUGCGGUGCCGGUGCCGCCUGAGCCCAGCGCGGCGCUGGCGCGACUGCCGCCCGGAAUCCGAGCCGUGGCGCAACAGCAGCAGAGACAGCAGCCUCACCACCAGCAGCAGCAGCAGCAGAGACAGCAGCCUCAGCAGCAGAGGCCACCUCUUGAACAGCAGAGACCGCCUGCGCCGCCGCCGCAGCGUCCGACGCCGCGCGAUCUGGGCAUCCGACUGCCGCCGGGUAUCGCCGCUGUGCCCGUGGGCCAGUCGUACCCAGAGCCGCCGCCCGCCGCGGACACGACUCCUAAGAGCGCCGCCCCGCCGGCAGCGGAGCCGGAACCGCGUCACCUGACUCUGCAGGAGGCCAUGGCCAUGUACCGCCGGCAGUCGCAGGCGGCCGCGGAGCCGGAGCCGGAGCCGGAGCCGCCAGCUCCCGCGGAGCGGAGCGACGAGUCCCGAGAGGACUCUGUGCUCGAGGACGACUCGCUGCUGGACGACUCGCAUCUGGCCGAGGGUGAGGCUCGGUUCAAUGAGGACGAGUACGACGAUGACCUUGAUCAGGAGGACUUUGAUGAGGACGAAGAGCUGAUGAAGAACGGUGGGUGGCAUGACGAUGAAGCCUCGCCUCAGUACCAGGACGAGGCGCAGCCGGAGGAUGUUGGUGCAAUCCCCGAACAGGAUCAUGCAGAUGAGCCUGAAGAACAAAUGUUGACGGCUGAGCCCGACGGGGAGCCAGAAGGUGACGAUGAAUCGCAUCUACAAGACGAGUCACAUGUAGAAGGCGAAAGUGAACAUCCAGAAGAGGGCACUUCACAUCUACAGGGGGACGCUUCACAUCUAGAGGAGGACACUUCACAUCUAGAUGAGGGCGCUUCACAUCUAGAGGAGGACACUUCACAUCUAGAUGAGGGCGCUUCGCAUUUAGAGGAGGGCGCUUCACAUCUAGAGGAGGGCGCUUCACAUGUAGAGGAGGAUGAUGCACGCCUAGAGCAGGAAAAGGCGCGUCUCGUUGGGGAGGAAGAAGCGAUGGAGGAAGGGGAGUCGUGGCCGGCUGAAGAUGGGGCGCGAUACGACGAAGGCGAGUCGCGUGCCGAGGGAGAUGGGCAGCAGCUUGAUGACGAGCAAGCACUAAUGGAGGAAGGGUAUGAAGCAGAGAAAACAGAUGAAGGUGAUGAAUAUUCAGGUCAAUAUGGGGAUGAAGCACUGCCGGAAGAACCCACUCAUGACAACAUGGCCGGUUCACUGCCUGAGCAGACCGGGCCGGCGGACGCUGGAAACGCGACUGCCGCUAGCUUUGACGCAGAAACUGGCGAACAUUUGCAGCACCCUCCAGAGCCGACCGCUGCGGCGCCGGUCGACGGUGAGACGGCCGCCGCCCCUGCUGGUGACCAGGAUACCGUUCCGAGUCCUCCCCAGCCGGCGGAGGAGGCUGCACAGUUCCAACCACCCGAUGGGAGUAGCGAGGCCCAGUCUCCAGCUGCAGGUCCAACUCACGCCGAUGGCACGCCUGAGCAGCCCAGCAAUGAGCAGGAGGCCCCAGAAGUGCCGAGCGGCGCUGGUGAUAGCCGUGAUCUCGGGGACCUCUCGGCCUCGGAGGAGCCGCGCUCCGCGCCGCCGUCGGUGCCGCCUCCGGGGCCGGACGCUGCGGCCGACUCCGGCCAGCAGCAGCAGCUGGCGGACGACUCGAUCUCGGAUCUGAUCAGCGGCGCCGUGCUCGGUCCGGAGCUGAUGCAGGCCGAGGUGGACGGCACCGCCGAGGACCUGUCCGAGGUCAAGGACAUGCUGAGCAUGCUGGAGGAGAAGCCGGACCUGCUGGACGCCGGCGGCGGCGGGGACGCCGAGCCGGACGAGGGCGCUGAGGACGAGGAGCCGGCCUCGUCGGAGGCGGACGGCAGCGGCUCCGAGUCCGACCGGCGCGACGGCGGCGACGGCAGCGAGGCCGGCAGCGCGGAGUCGGACGCCGCCGGCGACGGCGCGCGAGAGAGCCCCAAGCCCAAGCGGCGCAAGAAGAAGAAGGGUCGUAAACGGAAGAAGAAGCGUGGCGACGGUGACUCUAAGGACGACGACGAGAACGGGCCGCUGAACAAACGGCGCAACAUCCGCCAGAUCAUGACGGAAGAGGAGCUGGACGCGGAGACGCUGCGCGCACAGGAGGAGGAGAAGGAGCGCCAGCUGCGUCUCGCCGAACAGAAAAAGUGGUACGAGCAGUUCAAGCGCGAGCAGGAGCGUGUGGAGCGAGAGAAGGAGCAGGAGCGGCUGGAGCGCGAGGCGGCCGAGGCGGAGCGCAAGGCCAAGGAGGCCGCCGACGUGAUCGUGCUCUCCAGCGACGAGGAGAAGGAGGAAAAGGAGGAAAAGCCCGAGGUUAAAAAGGAGGUUAAGAAAGAGCCGGCGGCCGAGACGAGUGACGACGACAUCCAGCUGCUGAGCUCGGGCGAGGAGGAGAAGGAGGACGGACACGCCGAGGACACCAACAACUCGGGCUCGCACACGGACGACACGUGCAACGUGCCCGACUCGCUGGGCCGCGUGCUGGUCAACGUGGGCCACCCGCCGGCCGAGAUGGACAUCUUCAUUGCGCCGCAGAUCGCCAGGAACAUCAAACCGCACCAGAUUGGCGGCGUCCGGUUCCUGUACGACAAUCUGAUCGAGUCGCAGGAGCGCUGCAAGACCACGCCCGGCUUCGGCUGUAUCCUGGCGCACUCGAUGGGCCUGGGGAAGACGAUGCAGACAGUGACGUUUACGGACAUCUUCCUGCGGCACACGGGUCACCGCACGGUGCUCAUCAUCGUACCCAUCAACACUAUCCAGAACUGGCUGAACGAGUUCAACUUCUGGCUGCCGGACGCCAACACGUACACGCCGCUGGCGCAGGGCGGCGAGGUUCGGCCCAGACACUUCGCGGUCAGCAUGCUCAACGACUCGCACCGCACGCUGCAGGCGCGCGCCAAGGUGAUCGCCGACUGGUACCGCGACGGCGGCGUGCUCCUCAUCGGCUACGAGCUCUACCGGCUGCUCAACAUCAGCUCGUCGCGCGCGGCCCGCAAGAAGAAGCGCAAGGACGGCUCAGACGACCUGGAGGCCGAGGCCCGGGAGAAGCAGCUGCUGGAGGGCAUCAAGACGGCCAUCACCCGGCCCGGACCCGACCUGGUCAUCUGCGACGAGGGCCACCGCAUCAAGAACGCCGGCGCCAGCAUCUCGCAGGCGCUGAAGAGUAUCCGGACGCGGCGGCGGCUGGCGCUCACCGGCUACCCGCUGCAGAAUUGUCUGGUCGAGUACUGGUGCAUGGUCGACUUUGUGCGGCCCAACUUCCUCGGCACCAAGGCCGAGUUCAACAACAUGUUCGAGCGGCCCAUCUCGAACGGCCAGUGCGUGGACUCGACGCCUUCGGACGUGCGCCUGAUGCGGUUCCGCUCUCACGUGCUGCACUCGCUGCUGGAGGGCCUGGUGCAGCGGCGAAGCCACGCCAUCCUGCAGGCCACGCUGCCCAAGAAGGAGGAGUACGUGUGUCUGCUGCGGAUGACCCAGCUGCAGCGGGCGCUCUACCAGCGCUACAUGCUCGACCUGACCUCGCGCAGCGGACAAUCACCCAACCCCCUGCGGGCCUUCGUCGUCAGCUGCAAGAUCUGGAACCACCCGGACAUCCUGUACAACCUGCUGCGGAAGAAGAUGGCGGACGAGGACCUGGACCUGGACGAGACCAACGACAGCGCCAGCAAUGGCACGGCCAGCCGUCCGCGCCGGCCGCCGCAGGCGCCCGGCGGUCCCGCUGCUGCUGGUGGGCCGGGCGGUGUGCCGGGCGGACCAGCUGGACCUGGAGGAUAUCCAGGUGGACCUUCACCUGGACCUGGUGGAUAUAACACCGGACCUGGCGGGUCUGGUGGUCCUAGCGGAUAUAGUGCUGGACCGGGCGCGCCGGGCGGACCCUCCAGUGGGUCUAGUGGUCCCUCUGGGUAUAAUACCGGACCUGGCGGACCCUCCGGUGGACCGGGUCCUAGUGGAUACAACGCUGGACCGGGUGGACCGGCCGCUCCUGGUGGAGGUGGCGGACCUUCCAGUGGACCCGGUGGGCCUCCCGGAGCCGCUGGAACGACGGGAAACAUGCAGACGCCGCCCGACGCCAGUCCGCUGGAGAAACCCAAAGACGACGGAUUCAUCAACUACGACUGGGCCCAGGACAUGAUGCAGAACUACAUCCCCGGACAGCUGGAGAACUCCACCAAGAUGAUGGUGUUCAAGGUGCUGCUCGAGGAGACGGUCAAGCUGGGCGACAAGAUGCUGCUCUUCAGCCAGUCGCUGUUUACGCUCAACAUCAUCGAGGAGUUUCUGCAGCAGACGGUGGUCCCGGGCCGCAGCGAGAAGUGGAUGCUCAACCAGUCCUACUACCGACUGGACGGCUCCACCACCGGACUCGAGCGCGAGAAACUUAUCAGCGAGUUCAACGCCAGCCCGGCCGUGCCGCUGUUCCUGGUCUCGACGCGCGCCGGCAGCUUAGGCGUCAACCUGGUGGGCGCCAACCGCGUGCUGGUGUUCGACGCCUCGUGGAACCCGUGCCACGACACGCAGGCCGUGUGCCGCGUCUACCGGUUCGGCCAGCAGAAGCGCUGCUACAUCUACCGGCUGGUGACCGACAACUGUCUGGAGCGCAGGAUCUACGACCGCCAGCUCAAGAAACAGUCCAUGUCGAACCGCAUCGUAGACGAGACCAACCCGGACAACAUGGUGACCACGCAGAGCCUGAACCGGCUGCUGGACCCGACCGAGGACGACCCGCCGCCGGCCACCGUGGCGCCCGACCCGGACAAGUUCUCCGACCCCGUGCUGCUCACCGUGCUCGACAAGCUGGGACACCUCUUCUCGCAGGAGCCGUUCGAGCACGACGCCCAGCUGGUGGACCGACAGGACAAGCGGCUGACCCAGGCUGAGAAGAGGCUGGCCAAGCGCAGCUACGAGCUGGAGAAGAAGGCUGCCAACACUGGCGGCCGGCCCAACUACCAGGGCUUCUACCAGCGUGGCCAGCCGGGCGCCUACAGGGGCCUGUACAACAAGCCGGUGGCCAACGUGCGUCCGAUGAUGGUGGGCGGCCGGAUGGUGCAGCAGCGCGGCGGGCUGAACCCGUUCGGCGGCGCGUCCCGGCUGUCCACCGAGCAGCUGAGCCGCCAGGGCGUCUCCAUGUCGCACAUCACCGUGCCCAAAGACGUGACGAUUCCGACCGGGUCCGGGGACGGCGAGCCGAUCCAGCUGCGCGCCGGCCAGACAGUGCUCGUCAUCCGCACUGCCAAGGGCGUCUACCUGCGACUGCAGGACGGACGCAUCAUCGCCAUCCGCAUGCCCGCCGGAUCCGGCGGCCGCAGUGUGCCGGACCUGCUGGGCAGCUCCAGCCGGUACCAGCCGCGGCCCCAGCCGGCCUCCGCCGCCGGCCCGUCCGGUAUUCGCCUGCCGCGCGGCAUCACCGUGGAGCGGGUCCCGGCCGGCGGCAGCGGCAGCGGCAGCAGCGGCGGCGGGAAGCAGGGCGGCCAGUCGUGGGCGCGCCGCGCCGCGCCCGCGCGCGCCACCGUCAGCCGCUCGGCGCCGGCCCGCUCCGACUCGGACAGCGGGGACGGCGGCCUGAACCUGUCGGCGCUGCUCGGCCGCCAGCCGGCGCCAAAGGACGACAAGGGGAAGGCAGAGCAGCCGGCCACCUCCGCCGCGCCGGCCACCGCCACCGGUGGCGGCUCUCCCGGGGGCGGAGACGAGAAACAGACCGGAGGGAAGGCGCAGGACGAGCGGUCGGCGUCACCGGGCGGGACGGCCGAGGACGGCAACUCUGCGCUCCACUACCUGGACCGGGCGCUGGCCGAGUCUGCCGACAACUCCAGGGCGGACAGCGGCUCAGCGGCGGACGAGUCCGGCCUCGGCGGAUCGCCGGCCGCCGGUCAGCAGCAGCAGCAGCAGCAGCAGGACGACCCCAGUGACCCGCUGUCUCGGCUGAAGAGCCUGGCGGUAGCGGCCAGCGGCGACGGCCGUCAGGAGCCGGGUAUGCCGCCCUCGUCCAUGGCAGACGAUAAGAUGAUGGCAGACCAGCAGCGGCAGCAGCUGCAGGGCCAGCAUCAGCAGAUGCAGCAGCAGCAGCACCUACCGGCUCCACACCAGCAGCAGCAGCAGGAGCAGCAGAUGCAGCACCGAGGGAUGUCUCACCAGCAGUCGCCCUACCAUCCGGACCUGGCCCAGAAGCAGCAGCAGCACCAGCAGUCUCUGGCGUACCAGGGCGCCGGUCAGCAGCGUGGCGACCAGGCCGGCGACGAGUUCAUGGAUACACACAUAUUCGACCUGAGCCACAAGCCGGGCAUGGAACAGCAGUCGGCGCAGGACCUCAGUGGCGGCGGCGGCCAGGGUCUAGACCUGUCGCACCUCCCCCAGCAGCAGCAGCCGCAGCAGCAGCAGUCGGCCGGCCUGCACGGUCAGCUGGGGGGCCAGUCCGGCCGGAUGGACCACCAGGCCAGGAUGGAGCUGCAGCUGGCCGGUCAGCCGGCCAGGGUCAGCCACCCGAUGGACGGCCAGGCGGGCCACGGCCGGCUCGGCGGCGGCUCGGCUGGCUCCAUGUCACAGCUGGACCAGCGACUAGGGCUGACGCACGGCCACUCAAUGCUGUCCCAGCCGCACGACCUGUCGAUGCACGGCCAGCAGCCGGCGCUGGCGGCGCCCGAGCCGCCGCCGCCGCCGCGGUACGGCCUGCCGGCGGCGUCCCAGUACGGCGGCUCCCACCAGUCGCGCACGCCCGGCAUGGAGCAGUACGGACUAGGCAGCGCGGACGGCUCCCAGCUGCAGACGCACCGGCACAAGGCGACGCCGAGCCGCCCCAAGUCCGGCUACCCGCCGCACCAGUCGCCGGCGCUGCACCAGCCCCACCUGCAGCUGGCGCCCGAGCCGAGCCACGCGCCGCCCCAACCGCCUCCGCAGCAUCUCGGCGGCGGCAUCGACGACCUGAUCGCCGGCUUCGACCUGAGCCGGCCGACGUACAGCAGCGCGCCGGCGCCGACGGCCGUCAGCCUGGGCGGCGUCUCCACGGCGCCGCUGCCCUCUUUUUCGACGGUGUCGCAGCUGCCGCUGCCCUCGUUCUCCAGCGUGGCGUCGACGGGUGGUGGCGGCGGCGGCGGCCAGCCGGCGCCGCUGCGCGAGCCGCAGCCGCAGCCGAUGGACACGGCGGCCCCGUCGGCGGCGCCGCCGGUGUCGGCCGCCUCUGGCAGCGGCAGCUCGAGGCUGGCCGAGGAGCCGUUCCCCUGGGAGCUGGGCGGCCAGUACCCGGCCGCCUACAGCCGCGAACUCGGCUACGCCGGCUACCCGCCCUACAGCAUGGCCUACAGCCAGCCGCCGGGCGCGUACGGCGCGCCGGCGCCCUACCCGGCCUACGGGCUGUACGGCGCCGCGUCGGCGGCCAACUACGGGGCGUACCGGUACCCGGCCGGCUACCAGCCGUUCGGCGGCCCGUUCGGCGUGCCGGGCCUACCGCAGCCGUACGGCUCAGCCGAGCCGAGCGUUUCGGCGGCCGACUUCUCGCUGGGCGGCGCGAUGGCUCCCGGCGAGCCCACCUACCGGCGGCCGCAGUAGCCGCCGCUAGCCGCGGCACGGACUGACAGGGUCAGCGGAGCGACACGCGCGCCCGGCCGCCCGCCGGGCUGUACAGGCCGUGUGCAGGAGCUCCAACAAAGCGCUAUUGGUGGACCUUCUACGUGUAUAUUUAAAGUGUUGCCAAAGGCAUUCUGUCCCUCUUCUAUAGAGGUCCGUUAUCUCUAGUCGUACAAACCGUAGGACUGCUUUGAACGUUUUAUUCAGGACAGUUGUUGCAAGGAUAUGUCUUUUAUGCUUUGCUUCGUUAAUCGAGCGGUUGUACCUUUCUGAGUGGAUGGACCAGCUGAUAGUCGCUUCACUGUGUAUUUGUGUGAUACGAGGCGCGUCUUUGUAACCCCAUGGCGAGAGUAUCGCCGCACCAUUGAUUGAUCAGCUGCCCGAUUACCAUACAUUGUUUGGUAGUGUCGCCUACAUCACUGUUCAGACUAAGAGCGGCGCGCCCGUUUGUGUUUCAUCGAGAAGGGACGUAGUGAGGCCGUGUCUGUAAAUGUGCGCCCGUGCGAGUUGGUCCGGCGGCCUCUGUGAGGCGCGUCGGCCGGCGCGCGGCCGCUGCUGUCGUUCUAUCUGCUGCCAGCCUCUCGGCCCGCCGUCGGCCGCCGCUGCUGGUUUCGGCGGUCGCCAGCGGCUUCACUUUGUGUAAUAAUAAUAUAUGGUAUAGCCUGGCAGGCACCCUGUG